UGAUUAAGCCGCGGUCACACUGCUAGUCACAACGCCGCCUGGACUCCAAAUUAAAAGUAAAAUUAAAACGCAGGAAACAAAACAACAAACAGUGCACAAUGAGUGAGCAGAAAACAAGUGGGUCGCCGUCCCCAACAAGCACAAAGGAUAACGCGGCCGCCAGGCAAAAGAUUGAAACGGAAUAUAACAAUAAAAAGACUGGAUCGGGCUGGCAUCGCUUCUACAAGGAAAUCUCUGAGAAAUGCGAUCGCGGGGCUAAAGAGCAACAGUUCAGUACGCUGGAAUCGGAGCGUUCACAGAAUCGUGGCCUGAAUCGCUAUAGGGAUGUGAAUCCCUACGAUCACUCGAGGAUUGUCCUGAAGCGCGGCAGCGUGGAUUACAUCAAUGCCAAUCUGGUGAAGCUGGAGCGUGCCGAUCGUCAGUACAUACUGACCCAGGGACCCUUGGAGGAUACUGUCGGCCACUUCUGGCUGAUGGUCUGGGAGCAAAAAUCGAGCGCCAUUCUCAUGCUCAACAAGUUGAUGGAGAAAAAGCAAAUCAAAUGCCAUCUGUACUGGCCCAAUCAGCUCGGAGCGGAUAAGGCCUUGAAGCUGCCCAAUGUGCAGCUCACCGUGGAGCUUGUGCGCUGUGAGACGUACCAGAACUUUGUGCGGCGGUGGUUCAAAUUAACCGAUCUCGAAACCCAAAAGAGCCGCGAGGUGAUGCAGUUCCACUACAUCACAUGGCCAGAUUUUGGCAUUCCCAGUUCGCCAGAUGCAUUCCUGAAAUUCUUGCAGCAAGUACGUGACUCUGGCUGCCUCAGCAACGAUGUCGGUCCGGCCGUGGUGCACUGCAGCGCCGGCAUUGGCCGCUCGGGCACUUUCUGCCUGGUCGACUGCUGCCUUGUGCUCGUAGACAAGCUCGGCGAGUGCAAUGUGUCGCAGGUGCUGUGCGAGCUGCGCAGCUAUCGCAUGGGACUCAUACAGACAUCCGACCAGUUGGACUUUUCCUAUCAGGCCAUCAUCGAGGGCAUCAAGAAGCUGAACGAUCCCACCUUUCUCGACGCUAAGGAACCAAUCAUUGGCAAUGAGACAGAUACACAUGCACAGGAUGAAGUGCCGCCACCGUUGCCGCCUCGCACACAUUCGCUGAACUUGCCACUGGCCCCCAAUGCGGGCGGAGUGCUCUCGCUGAAUAUGCGUGCCGCCCAGUCCAAUGGCGAGGAGGUGUCUGCUGAAAAUAUUGGCGACAAGCCCUCGGUGCUGAGCAGCAAGGAUGCUCUGAAUAAUUUCAUCAACCAGCACGAGAUCAUUAACGCUGAGGUGGCCGACAGUCUGCGUCCCUUGCCGCCCUUGCCGACGAGGCCUCUGAGGUCGUUUCAGGAGUCGGACAGCGAUGAGGAUCUGGAUGAUGAUGACGAUGAUGACGAAGACGAUUAUGAUGAUGAGGAGAACGACGAAGAUUUUGAAGCGGAUUAUGAGAACAUUAAAUUGCCCGAUGUGGAGCCCGUCAAUGGCAGUGUAUCGACGACGACGCCCCAAGAUGAUGAUGUGAAUGCCAACAGUGAGAAGCCAGCUCCAGCCGAACAGCACAAGGCCAAUGGCAUUGACACAGUGGGUCAGUCGCAGACGCAGACACCAGCGAGUCCCGAGAACGAGCUGAAGCGACGAAAACGCAACGAACAGCAAGCACAGCUGCAGAAGCAAAUCAACAAUAUGAAACGGAAGCUGCGGGAGAGCGAGGAUGGGCAGAAGGCGUCAAAAAAAGGAAGGUCAUUACUCACAUAUAUUGCGGCUGGUGUUGUGGUGGGCGUGAUCUGCGCCUACGCAUACACGAAGCUAGGUUAAGUGUCCCCGCCCCCCACAACCCCCACCUACCUACCCAUUAAGUAGACGUAGACCUAGCCAUUGAGUAGGCACAUUAGUAGCAAUAGCAGUAUGACGCCCAUUGCCGCGGGACACCGAUCCUCCCCAGCAUUCGCGUCUCGGGCUAACAUCUAAUGUCAGCACGGAUCAGAUCGGAAUCGGAUCGGAUUGGAUCGCUUCGCCUCGCAACGCAAUCAACGCGACGAUUGGGUUGAAUGAACGAUACGACGACGAUACACAUGAUGCAUACAUAUAAUAUUAGGGAAUUUUUUACGAGUAUAUUGAGAAAGAUACUAAAACAAAAGAAGAAGCAGAGGCAAAAUGCAAACAAAAACUAAGCGAAAAUCGGGUAGAAAUCACAUCAAAAGUAGAUUUUCCGCAAUAGACUGACAUUUUAGAUCAAAUUUAUUUUCUACAUUUUAAUAAUGGAAAUAUUUAAUAACGAAAAAGAAAAUCCGAAGAGAAAAAACCCAAACCCCCCAGUUCCCAGUUCCCCUGUGCACGAAUUAUCGUUUUCCACAACCUUCCAGUCCCCCCACAAACAUGCAAAUUCACAUCCUUCGCUCGCUAUGCAAUAAAAUUUUAUAACAUAUACGGAGUACGUUAUAUCUAUUAUAUUUACGCUCUACGUUCCAAUCACACACACACACACACACACACUGAGACACACACGCCCCCACCCACGCGCUUCACUUGUUGUUGUACAGCAAUUUCUUAUAGCAUACGAAUUAUGUAUUUAAUUAUUUAUGAAGAGAUUUACGUGAAGGAGAACACGAAGAACACUUGUUGUAGUACCAUGGCAAAAAAACAAAAACGAAAUGCAGCAAAUGUGCCAAAAAAAACAAACGAAAAAGAAAGAAAAGAGAAAACGAAAAAGAACCGAAAAAAAACUAUGUGAAAGCCCCUUUAUGACAAUUUCAAUUUACUUUGCUCCGGAAUCCCUUCCUACAUUUGAAUUGUAUUUUGUUUUUUUUUAACGAUUUAUCAUAAAAUGCACUCCACAAAAGAAAAGAAAGAACGAAGAAUAUGCAGCGCCAUUGAAGCAAUAAUAAAAGUAAUGCAAAAUAGCACAAAAAACAACUACGAGUAAAUCAGUAUGAUUAUGAUAUAUAAUAUAUAAAGGAGAAACGGGAGAGACUAUAAAAUGGUUUCUCCCCACCCCAUAGAUUAAGUGUGUAUGUACCGUAAUAAUAGAAGAGCCCAGAAGGCAAAGAGAGAACGAGAGGAGAGCGCAUGCAAGAAUACCAUAAGAGUUAUUUUUUAUAUAUGUGUUAAUCCACGAUUUAACGGAAAAUUCAACUAACCAGAUGCUGCAGCAAGAGAGACAGACAGACAUUAAAACAUAAACGAACGAAAGAAAGAGUGCAAUGGCAGAGGAAAUAAAAGUGGAAUGGAAUGGAGUGGAGAGCAGAGGGAUAACUUUUAUAAACAUAUAAACUAAAUAAACGAAAAAUACAUAUUUAUAUAAAGUAUAUAUUUAAAGAGUAACCCAACAUGAACAAUACCUAUAGUAAUGCCUAGUUAACUGAACAAUUGGUUAAGUACACGCACACACACAAACACACAAUGCCCCCCACUCACACCACACCACGCACACAACGAACCACAAACGUAAAAUAAAAUAUAUAAUGCCUAUAUGAGAGAUGAACGAACAGAGAGAAGUGAGAGAAAGUAUUCAAAUAAAGCUAUAUAUGUUUAAGACACCAAGAA